UAAAAAUAUGACUGAAACUCUCAAGUUUGUGUACUAUAUGAUUUUCUUUCUUUCUCUAAUUCUCAUUAUAAACAAAGUAGAUGGUAGAUACAUAACGAAGCAAGCUCAAGGAGAAAACAGAAGAAGAAAAAGGGUCCUUAGUUAAAGUCGAAAACGGUAUCCCUAUUCCUCUUUUUAAAAUCACGCACAAGUUUCUCUCCCUCUCAUGGUAAAUCAUAGACAACAAUAGAUCCAAUAGCAACCACACACAACUUUCAAACUCAUAAUCAGAAUAAAAGGGCGAAAUAGAACGAGGAACGCAAAAGCGAUACACGAAAGGGGAAGAAAGGUGGAGUUACCGAACAUAAAUGGAGAACGAAGGUGGUCGUUUUCAAUGGUGUGGUGGUUGCAUCGGCUGAGGAGCGUGUUGGUACUUGUUGCAGUGGCGUGAUGCACUUCGGAGCAAUUAUCCAACAGUUUUCUGGUGGUCGAAAAACGAGAAUCUCCUCUUCCCUUUUGAUUUCGGUUCCGAUUCUCCUUCUUUCUUUUGCUUCUAUUUCGUUUGUGUGGUGUUAUUUGUUGUUGUUUCUGUUAUCAAUGUGUUUUCAAAAUACAGAGCUUUGCACCUUGCUCGCAAUGUGUUCGAUGAAAGUUCCAAACCAAUUUUUUUUGUGUUUCAGAUUUGUGGUUGUUGAUGUUUUAUUGUUAUGGUUAAUCGUUUCAGUAUCUUAAUGCUCAAGUCUAAAUCUGGAUUGAAGAAACUUAUUGAGUACCUUUAUGGAUAUGGAAGAACAAGCUCUGUAUAUAUCCUUACAUUACAAGUCCUAUAUGUUCUGUUUGAUAGUUUCAUGUUCUUGGAUUUGAUUAGUGUUAUAUGGUGAUGGUUCUACUUAUUUGCACCUCUGUUGCUUGAUGAAAAUGUGUUUAAAUAUGUAUGAUUAGCUUUGGUGUUUCUGAUUAGUUGAUUUUGUUUUUUUGUCUAUUUGUUUUGGAGAACAGCUUUACUGAUUGGUGUUAUUGUUCUUAGAAAAAUAAAUGUAAGUUCAGAAGCUAAAGAUGGGAACUCUCCUCGGAAACCUCAACCUAAUGAACCCCAGCAAGAAUCUAAACUGGAACUGUUUGGAUAUGAUUCCAUUGUCAAUAUUCUUGGUCUCAAAAGGUGGAUAUGAUAAAGAAGAGAAAGCUGCUAGAUCUUAUGAUUUAGCUGCACUUAAGUAUUGGGGGACAUCCACCACUACUAACUUUCCAGUUAGUAACUAUGAGAAGGAAAUAGAUGAAAUGAAGCACAUGACAAGACAAGAAUUUGUAGCCUCUAUUAGAAGGAAAAGUAGUGGUUUCUCAAGGGGUGCUUCAAUGUACCGUGGAGUUACAAGGCAUCACCAACAUGGAAGAUGGCAAGCAAGGAUCGGUAGAGUAGCCGGAAACAAAGAUCUUUACUUGGGAACUUUCAGCACAGAAGAAGAGGCUGCAGAAGCAUAUGACAUAGCAGCAAUAAAAUUCAGAGGACUCAACGCUGUAACUAACUUCGACAUGACUCGUUACGAUGUGAAAGCCAUUCUCGAAAGCAACACACUUCCAAUUGGAGGAGGUGCUGCAAAAAGGCUAAAAGAAGCGCAAGCUCUAGAAACUUCCAGAAAACGUGAAGAGCUGAUUGCGCUCAACUCGUCUUCUUUCCAAUAUGGAGCAUCGAGCUCGAGUAACGCAAGGCUUCAACCUUACCCUCUCGCACAUUAUCAAUAUCCAUUUGAACAACCACCUCAACCUUUGUUAACCUUACAAAACAGCCAUGAUAGCAUCUCUCAAUUCUCUCAACGACAAGGAGGUGGUUAUUUCCAUACACAGCUUGAGUUGCACCAACAACAACAGAACCAACAAACGUCUCAGAAUAAUAAUAUCGGUUCGUUCUACAACGGUUAUUUUCAGAGUCAUCAUCCUGAGGCUGUUUUGACAAAGCCGACUGAUCCAGGAGCAGUUUGAGAGUGAUACAACACUGACAGUUUUGCUGCACCCAAGCCUCUUAUCAAACUGCUGGAUCUGAUGGAAAAUUAGUCGAUCGUGAAGCGCGUCUAACUGCAAUCUCUUCAAGCGGAGCAAAGGUACUGAAUUGGAAUGGAUUUAAAUGUCUGAAACUCGCUUGUAUUAGUGCUGAACUGGGGUGCAUCUAAUUUGAUUUGGGAUCGCAUCUCUCGCACUAACCGUAAUAAUAGGUAUGCUUUAAUGUGAACAUAGUUGGAUGAGGCCAUAGGUUCUGUUUGCUAUUUUGAACUAGCCAUACCUCCUGUUUCUUCCUGAUUUUUUUAUAUGGUGCAACAUUGUCUCCUUUUUUUUUGUCUCAAUUCUGAAAAGAAUUGGUUUUUGAAUUGUGUUUGAAUGCUGCAGGGAGUUAUUAGCAGCAGGUUCAAAAAAUGUUAGUAAUCAGUGACAGAAAGUUAGGUUAAUAUUUAAUUGUUAGAAUUGAAAAAGCUGUUGUGGGUUAGGUGAUUUGUCUUUAAGAUAGUCAUAAGGAUAGUUCCAUGGUAGAUUUGUCUUUAGGAGAAAACCACUGUUGCAUAACUUUGGCGAUUGUAUAUAUUUAGUAGAAGCAAUACAUAUCUAGAGACGAACCACUGUUGCAUAACUUUGGUGAUUGUAUAUAUUUAAUAGAAGCAAUACAUAUCUAGAGACGAGACGGUAUAAAUUUUUUUUUUUAAUUUUUUAAACGAUUUUUCUGCGGAUUUACCUGCGGAGUUUUCCUGCGGAUUUACCUGCGAAAUUACCUGCGGAACUUCCUGCCAAAAAUAUUACCCACGAAGGUUUUAGCUGGGGACACUAAACCGCAGGAAAAUCCGCAGGUAAAGUGUUUCCUGCGGAAAUUUAGCUUAAAUCCGCAGGUAAAUCCGCAGGAAAUUCCAGUAUUUCUAGUAGUGCAUCCUUUUUUAAAUUUCCU